AUGUGUCGGUUGAAUUUAUUUUUCUUUGCCUUAGUUUUAUUUGUGGUCGCAGCGGGCACAGAAGUACGUUUAAGACGAUCACCACAAUUCGGUCAAGCCAGCGCUAGUGCUUCGGCCUCAGCUGCAGGUUUCGGGGGGUUCGGAAGCCAGCCCAGACCAGGAUUUGGAAACCCUAGUGGCAAUUUCGGGCCUGGCGGUAAUUUACCGUAUCAAGGUGGUAACUUCGGAAGACACAACCCUCAACAAGGCUUUGGAUACCCUCGCCAAAGAUUUGGUGGCCCACCAGGGUUCGGUGGACCAUCAGGUGGAUCUGGUGAAACUAUCAAUAUAGCGAAGAGUAUAAGCAUUACAAGAGGUUCUGGAGGACCAUCACAAGCAUCGGCUUCUUCAUUUGGCAAA